AUGUCAUAUGACAUAUUCAAGAUGUCAACGAUCAAGUUCCCGGCGGCUUCCCUUGGGCUGCUACUGCUGCUGAGCGGAUCUUGCAGGCUGAGUCUAGGCAGCGCGGAGGGGCCGGUGCCCCUAGUGAUGUGGCAUGGCAUGGGAGAUAGUUGCUGCAAUCCCGAGAGUAUGGGUUACAUUAAAAAAAUCGUGGAGGAAAAAAUCCCAGGCAUUUACGUUCUGUCUCUUCGGAUCGGCGAUAACUUAAUUGAGGAUGUGGAGAACGGUUUCCUCAUGAACGUGAAUGACCAAGUGAAGUUCGUGUGCAGCAUCCUCGCAAAGGACCCGAAGUUGCAAGGCGGCUACAACGCCAUGGGCUUCUCACAGGGAGGGCAGUUCCUGAGGGCAGUGGUGCAGCGGUGUCCAUGUCCCUCUAUGCUCAAUUUGAUAUCUGUUGGGGGUCAGCAUCAAGGAGUGUACGGUUUCCCGCGCUGUCCCGGGGAAAGUUCACGCCUCUGUGACUGGAUCCGGAAGAUGCUGGAUCUUGGUGCUUACACCCAAGCUGUUCAGGAGCGACUGGUUCAGGCUCAGUACUGGCAUGAUCCGCUGAAUGAAGAAGAAUACCGGAAGAACAGUCUUUUCUUGGCCGAUAUCAACCAGGAACGAGGCAUCAAUCAAACUUACAAGAAAAACCUGAUGUCUCUGAAAAAAUUUGUGAUGGUGAAGUUCCUCAAUGAUACCAUGGUGGAUCCUCCUGCCUCUGAGUGGUUUGGUUAUUAUCGGAGUGGCCAAGCCAAGGAGACUAUUCCCUUGAAGGAGACCUCAAUGUACACAGAGGAUCGUUUGGGUCUGAAAGAAAUGGACCAAGCAGGGAAACUGGUGUACCUGGGAGCAGAAGGUGACCACCUCCACUUCUCCAAAGAGUGGUUCUUCAAGAACAUUUUGCCCUUCCUGAAGUGAAGCUGAGGCUUUACUUUCCUACCGCGUCCAGUUGCCAGAAC